UUUCGGGAGUUUGCGCAGUAGAAAUGUAAAGCGGAUUUACACACAUAUUUAGAGUAGUGUUGUUGUUUUUACGAACUUGGUUAUGUGUGCAAUUUUGAAUGGUCAGUACCAAUUUUUGUACACACAAAAAUGCUGCUCUACUUUGGCUUAAUUUUAAAGUAGAAAUGUCUCGGGUUUAAUGGAAUAAACUUCAUUUCUUUAACAAACUGCAUUCCAUCGCGGAUGAAUAUUUUGUCAAUCGCCUGAAUGUCGGCGCUUGAAGAAAGAGGUAGCCAUCUUGAAAGUGAACAAAGUUUCAGCUGUGUAAAUUUUAUUAAAUAAUUUGUCGUUAGUUUUCACGUUGUGUUAUUUACCUGUAUUCUUAGACUAUGCACGAGUUACUGGCCCACAUGUGUACAUAGCCAUGGCUGCUACAAGAAAGCUGCAAGGUGAAAUUGACCGGUGUCUAAAAAAAGUAACCGAAGGGGUGGAGACGUUUGAAGACAUCUGGCAGAAAGUGCACAAUGCGACGAACAGUAAUCAAAAGGAGAAGUAUGAAGCCGACCUCAAGAAGGAAAUCAAGAAACUUCAGAGGUUACGAGAUCAAAUUAAGAGCUGGAUUGCCUCGGGUGAAAUCAAAGAUAAAAGUACUUUGUUAGAGUACAGAAAGUUGAUUGAGACGCAAAUGGAAAGGUUCAAAGUGGUGGAGAGGGAAACUAAGACAAAGGCGUACUCGAAGGAGGGUCUGGGAGCGGCACAGAAACUGGACCCGGCGCAGAAGGAGCGGGACGAGAUGGCGGGCUGGCUCACCACGUCCAUAGACACGCUCAACGUACAGCUGGACCAGUUUGAGUGCGAGAUCGAGUCGCUGAUGGCGGGCAAGAAGAAGCGGCUGGACAAGGACAAGCAGGACCGGGUGGAGGAGCUCAAGGCGAAGGUGGAGAAGCACGGCUUCCACAUCCGCAAGCUGGAGACGCUGCUGAGGAUGCUGGACAACAUGUCCGUGGAGACCAGCCAGAUAAGAAGAAUAAAGGAUGACGUCGAGUAUUACAUAGAAUCGUCACAAGAGCCGGACUUCGAGGAGAAUGAAUACAUUUACGAUGACAUUGUUGGUCUGGACGAAGUCGAACUCUCUGGGGUUGGCCUGCCGUCCUCUGCGACAACGGACAGCAACAACAGCAACGACACGGGAGGCACGCCCACUUCGACGACAUCCGGCAACUCCCCGAUUCCUUCCCCCACCCUCCACAACCAUUCCAGCGAUAGUUCCAAUGAAGAGAAGAAGAAGCCCAAAGAUGACCUGCCAGCCAAGCCGCUGAAGCCGACCGCCGUGAGGGCGAGCAACAGCAGUUCGCUGAUACCCACGAGUAACUGCUCCCAGAUGACUCUGAAGCCUGUCCUCAGUGCGAGCAUGCCGAGUAAACCUGCAUCAGGUCCCACGCUGCAGUCCACGCCCAACAACAGCUCGCCCAGCUCGGGGCUCAGCAACCACAUCAGCAACUUCGCGGCCGUGGCGGCGGCCAACACGCAGAACAGCUCCGCCUCCAGCAAGUCAACAUCUCACGCGUCGGAGAACGGUCCCGUUCCACCCUGCACGCCUUCGACGCAGCCCCCCUCGCUGCUGCAGCUGGCGACGUCUCCCCCCUCCGGGAUGGUCUCGUCCGCCGCGACCGCCUCCGCCAAGCAGCUCCUGCAGCAGCAGCAGUCGCAGUUGCAGCUGCAGCAGCAGCAGUCGCAGGUGAACUCCCUGGACAACCACCACCACCAUCACAACAACACCAGCUCGUCGUCACCGCCGUCGUCCGUGAGCACGGCCCCCUCGCCGGUCCCGGGGCCUGGCUCGCCGCCCCCUCCGGCGCAGACUGCGCAGCCCAUGCUCAACGGGCCGAUUCCCGCCCUCAAGCCGCCGCAACAGCAAGUUCCUGAAGGCAUGUCGUCGCUGAAGUCGAUAGCCCAGCAAGUGAUAGACCGGGCGGGGCUGGAGCUGCCGUCGGACCAGGGCUCCCGGGUGCUGUUCGACGGGGGCAAGAUGGCAACCAUGCCCCAGCCGCAGCAGCAGACGUCCGAGGCGCACAUCCCUCCCCUGCUGGGCGUGGCCCCCCUGGGGCCCGUGCCGCUCCAGAAGGAGCACCAGUGCGAGUUCCAGCUCCUGGAGAGCGCGUACUUCCACAUGCCGCAUCCAUCCGACUCGGAGAGGCUCAAGGCGUACCUGCCCCGCAACACCUGCAUCACGCCGCCGUACUAUCCUCAGGUCCCACUGCCGCACUCGGACACGCUGGAGUUCUUCCAGCGGCUCUCCACGGAGACGCUGUUCUUCAUCUUCUACUACAUGGAGGGCACGAAGGCUCAGUACCUGGCCGCCAAGGCCCUCAAGAAGCAGAGCUGGAGGUUCCACACCAAGUACAUGAUGUGGUUCCAGCGGCACGAGGAGCCCAAGGUCAUCAACGAGGAGUUCGAACAGGGAACAUACAUAUACUUUGACUACGAGAAGUGGGGCCAACGGAAGAAGGAAGGCUUUACGUUCGAAUACAAGUACUUAGAAGACCGUGACUUGAACUGAGUGUCGAUCCAGCCAGAGUUAGGAACAUCCCGUACGGAGAGCCAUCAGUGAUAGUUUUUACAGAGAAUAACUUUUUAUUUUCUCAUCUCGGUGUGGGUCUCCGGAGGGGGGGAGAGCGAAUUCUGGAAGACAGUUUUUUUUAUACAGGUUAUUGUACAUUUAGUUUAUUUUUUUUUUCUUCUUUUAUUGUAAUCGUAAGUUAACCGAGCGUCCGUCCGGGAGCUUUCGUGUUUUCCGGUGGUGCCGGGGAAGAUCUCCGCAGGUGCAGCGACCGAAGACGGAAGAGAUGGGAGCAGAGACAAAAGUGGCGGCUCGCCGAGUGCUGCGUCGCACACAUUCUAGGACCGUUUUUGUCACGGCUCCACUUUGUGAUUUAAGUUUCCUAAAUAUUCCUGUGGUGGUGCAACUCGAGUCAUGGCUGGUACAAGUGACCCCCUCUUCCCCCGAUCCUCACUCAGUACAAAACGAAGGGAGGAGACAAGGAAGAACGCGAGAAGUUGGAUGGCGGUGCGCGAUCCGCUUGAUCCGCGACCCCCGGCCUCUGGCCGCCCGAGCACCGAGCAUUCCAACGCCCUUUUGCUCACGUGCAAAGUACUUGUUUUAGUUUUCACUUUUGUAAAAAGUAUGUGCAAAGAAAAAGAUAUAAAACAAUUACCUGUAUAUAUAAAAACCUAUUUGUGUAGAAAGAAUGAAUUAAAAAUAAUUAUUAUUAUGAA